AUGGAUUCCAUACCAAACACUCCUGUAACGGAAGAUGCUCCAAAAAUUUAUCCCAUCAAAAAAAGUAAUGAUUAUGGCCAUGAUUUCGAAACACCAGCGGAUUAUGAGACCGCCAUACAGGUAUGUGGGUUUGGGCGAUUCAACAUUAUCCUACUACUGUCCGCCAUACCAGCUAUUAUGGGAUCAGUAUUUGAAACUGCUGUUGUCUCAUUUAUUCUACCCAGUGCCGAAUGUGAUUUGAAUUUAGAUUUAGUUGAUAAGGGCAUAUUGAAUGGCAUCACAUAUGGAGGUAUGAUUGUAUCUGCUGUUGGAUGGGGUUACCUUGCCGACUCCAAGGGUCGUAAAAAUUUACUUAUCUGGGGAUUUCUGAUCGACGUGAUAUGUGUUAUCUGUUCAGCGAUAUCACAAAAUGUUGUACAACUGAUGCUGGCGAAAUUUUUUGGCGGAUUUGUCAUUUGUGGCCCCUUUGCUGUUCUAAUUUCAUAUUUAUCCGAAUUCCAUGGCAGCAAUCGUCGUCCACAGGUUAUGAUGAUUGUUGGCAUUAUGUUUAUGAUAUUACCGAUAUUGGCAAUGUCGAUACUACCCAAAGAUUGGAGUUUUCAAAUAUUCAAUAUGAAAUUUGUCUCUUGGAAAAUAUUUAUUGCCAUUUGUGGUAUACCCAGUUUGUUGGGUAGUCUACUUUUGUGCCUUCUACCCGAAAGUCCACGUUUUCUAAUGUCUAAAGGUAGAAAUUCUGAGGCAAUGGAAACAUUUAAAAUGAUGUAUGCCUAUAAUAAGGGGAAAUCGAGGGAGACAUUUCCGAUCAAAGCCCUCGUAGAAGAGGUAAAACAGAAAAGUCAAUCGAAAGCCCCGUAUAAUAUAUCCACAAUAGACGUUACUCAGAGUUUGGAAAGUAAUGUGGACUUAAAAUCAUCCAAAGAACCGAAUAAAUUUCGAUUACUCUGUUCAAAGAGAAAUUUGUGGUUAUGCAUUGUCGUUUGUUUUAUGCAAUUUUUUGUUUUACUUGGGCUCAAUACCAUGCGUCUUUGGUUGCCACAACUAUUUGCAUCCCUAAAUGAAUAUGAACAUAUAUCUUCGGAAGCUACCAGUAUGUGUACUAUUCUGGAAUAUAGUGUCAAUAAAACGGAAAUUGUGAAAAAUGUUGUGAAAGAGUGCAGAGUGGUCAUAACUCCUGCCACAUAUACAAACAAUAUUAUCGUAGCCUCUGUGGGUUUGGUAACCUACCUGAUAGCUGGAAGUCUGGUGAAUGCCAUUGGCAAUAAACAAAUGCAAAUUAUAGGUUUAUCUUGUGCCGGUGUAUGUGGCAUUGGCCUCUAUUGGUCCUCGUCUUCGGUGGCCACCUUAAUAAUAUCAUCAUUGUAUGUUGCACUGUGUAGUAUGGCAAAUACAUCAGCUGUUGGUGCUUCGGCAAAUUUAUUUCCAACUUCAUUAAGAACAAUAAUUGUUUCAAUGGCAAUGAUGCUCGGACGUAUUGGUUCAAUAUUGGGUAAUGUGCUGUUUCCAAUAUUUAUGUCAUUGGGUUGUAUACCACCGUUUGUUAUGGUCGGAGCUGUUUUAUUUAUAUAUCCCACCAAAAAACUUAAUGGUUAUGACCUUGAUUUUGAAACACCAGCCGAUUAUGAGACCGCCAUAAAGGUCAUAACUCCAGCCACAUAUACCAAUAAUAUUGUUGUGGCUUCUGUAGGUUUGGUUACCUAUCUGAUAGCUGGAAGUCUGGUGAAUGUCAUUGGCAAUAAACAAAUACAAAUUAUUGGUUUAUCCUGUGCCGGUGUCUGCGGUAUUGGCCUCUAUUGGUCCUCAUCUUCAGUUGCAACUUUAAUAAUAUCCUCACUGUAUGUUGCACUGUGUGGUAUGGCAAAUACAUCAGCUGUUGGUGCUUCGGCAAAUUUAUUCCCAACUUGUUUAAGAACACUAAUCGUUUCAAUGGCGAUGAUGGUUGGCCGCAUUGGUUCGUUAUUGGGUAAUGUCAUGUUUCCAAUAUUUAUUUCAUUUGGUUGUAUACCACCGUUUAUUAUGGUUGGAGCCGUUUUGUUUAUUGGUUGCAUAUGUGCUGCAAUAUUACCAAAUACUAGUAAAUUGGAACUUAAAUGA